AUGAGCAACGUAUUCGAGCCUACGGAAACAGGCUUAAGCGUGAGCUUACGAAAUGAUGGCGUGGUACCUGUUGAUAUGGACAGUCUAGAGAUGCACGAACUUUACUCUGACUCAAAGAAAACGGGCUCUGUUGCUCGACCGCGGAAAAAGCUAUUCUUCGUUCCAACAUUUUUCGCUGCUGUCGCUUUUUGUAUUUUCGUGGGACUUUUGAAGCAGCGACUGCAUCAAUCAGCUGACUCAACUGCUAAAGCUCUGCGGGUUUCUGAUAUUCGACCUCCCGCAACUAUCUCGGGGCGUUGGACACACCGGCAACUGCCCGCUCAGUAUGAUGAAUGGGGGCUGCCAACGAUAGCACACUUUGAAGAGACCCUCUCCCCAACUCUGAAACAAGGAAAAGAUGCCAUUGCCCAGGCAAUUGCACAUUCCGAAUCAAAGAAGAGCAGCAGCCUCUCUGUAGACCCAGCUAACAGACAGCAUCUUGCUGCGAGAACUUUAUCGAACGACAAGUCAGAUUCACUGCUGGGGAUGACGCUUGAGCUCGAAGAUGUAGUCCCAUUCAAACGACGUGCAGAGAACAAACCUGUGCCUAGCAAAAUGCGCAUUACAAAGGUUGUAGGCUCGGACCCCUCCGGCCUGCUUGUUCUGGCAGAGGACGUCAAGUCCCGGCAGCUGUACACCAUGCGCGUUUGCAUAAUGCAAGCUCCUCUGGCGUCGGAAUUCCCCGACAGCGAGUCGCUCUUUGAAACAAUUUCGUAUUGGAAUGAAAUUGACGACAAAGUGGUCAGUCAAAUCUCCAAGAGCACUCCAGAGGGCGAGGACGAUUCUCAGCAAAUUGCCACCAUUCCUAUUUACACGGCAAAUGUUGCAGGUGCAACAGACGCUACUGUAAUUAAUGGGAGCUACGUUUUUGGUCAAGUGUACCUUCUGGAAGAGUUGCACGGAAGCAUGCAGACUUUGGAUCUGAAAGGCGAAGAACUUCUGCCGCAAACCCACGAAUACAUUGGUAGCCGCUUGUUGCAGGUCUUCCUUAAAUUGCAGAAGGCAGGAAUAAGCAGUGCGGCUGUGGACUGGAGCAAUAUCUUUGUGCGUCCCGACGGUUCUUUCGUUGUGAGCGGCUUUCGCUCCUCCUCCCCCUUCGGGUGGCCCUACGGGCCUUUUGCUGCGUUCAAUCUGGAAAGAUCUGAGCCGCAGCUAGUUCUCUCGAUUUUUCGUUCCCUAGAAACAAGCGAGUCCUGUGUAUCUCACCCUGCCGUUGACAUGUGGCUUCUUGGGACACUCCUGUACGAGUUGUUCACAAAGGGAGAAUCUGCCUAUGGCAUGGAUGAGUGGUACGAAAUGGAGGACUCGAGGAAGCUGGCAAAAGGACUGCUUGAAAGGAAAACUAGAUCUGAAGUCUUGCGGCCACAGCUGGAAGCUGCAAAUGUUCCCGAAAGGUGGUUAGAGCUUAUCUUGCGCUUGCUGGAGCCCGAAAGAGUCAACAGGAUUACUGCUUUUGGAAUUAUGAAGGAGUUCCCCGAUCUUGCGCAACAUAUAUCGCACAGGCUAUCUGAGUAG